AUGAGUCCAGGCCAGGGCGCCGGCGGCGACACGCGGAAGGGCUGCCGGACGGGCGGCGGCGGCGGCGGCGGCGCGGGGCGUCCCGCGACGGCAGCCGGGGCCUGGGCGGUGAGCGCGCUGUGCCUGCUGCUUUCCGCCGGCUCGGCGGCCGCCUGCCUGCUGCUGGGCGUCCAGGCGGCCGCGCUUCAGGGCCGGGUGGCGGCGCUCGAGGAAGAGCGGGAGCUGCUGUGGCGCGCGGGGUCGCCGGACACCCUGGUCGCCUGGGCUGAGCCGCAACUGGAGCGCCUGCUGCGCGAGAAGAUGGAGGGACCAGUCAAGCUCCGGACAGUUCGAGAAGCGCCGACGGACUGUGUCUGUCCCCCAGGCCCCCCUGGACGGCGUGGCAAGCCUGGAAGAAGAGGCGAUCCCGGUCCUCCCGGGCAAUCAGGACGAGAUGGCUACCCGGGACUUCCAGGCCCCAAAGGAGAAAAGGGUGCACCAGGAGACUUUGGCCCCCGGGGAGAUCAAGGGCAAGAUGGAGCUGCUGGGCCUCCAGGGCCCCCAGGACCCCCUGGGGCCCGGGGCCCUCCUGGCGACACUGGGAAAGAUGGCCCCAGGGGAGCACCAGGCCCAGUGGGUGCCAAAGGAGAAGCUGGACAAGAUGGCGAGACGGGCCUGAGUGGACCCCCAGGGCCCAAGGGGGAUGAUGGGACACCAGGCCAGCCAGGGCUCCCAGGACCCUCAGGGCCCAAGGGGGAGCCCGGCCAGCCAGGCGCCGAUGGAGCCACAGGGCCGCGGGGUCCCCCAGGCCUCAAGGGUGAGCAAGGAGACACGGUGGUAAUUGACUACGAUGGCAGGAUCUUGGAUGCCCUUAUGGGUCCUCCUGGGCCACAGGGGCCCCCCGGGCCACCAGGGAUCCCUGGAGCCAAGGGCGAACUCGGAUUGCCUGGUGCUCCAGGAAUCGACGGAGAGAAGGGUCCCAAAGGACAGAAAGGAGACCCAGGAGAAGCCGGGCCGAUAGGACCCAAAGGGGAAGCAGGAGAGAUGGGCCUGUCAGGCCUCCCGGGUGCCGACGGCCCCAAGGGGGAGAAGGGAGAUCCGGCAUCUGACGACCUACAGGAGAGCCUGGCCCAGAUCAUAGUGGAACCAGGGCCUCCAGGCCCCCCUGGUCCCCCAGGCCCCAUGGGCCUUCAGGGAAUCCAGGGUCCCAAGGGCUUGGAUGGAGCAAAGGGAGAGAAGGGCAUGUCGGGUGAGAGAGGACCCAGUGGCCUGCCUGGGCCAGCUGGCCCACCAGGCCUUAUUGGGCUGCCAGGAACCAAAGGAGAGAAGGGCCGACCCGGGGAGCCAGGACUAGAUGGUUUCCCUGGACCUCGAGGAGAGAAAGGCGACCGGAGCGAGCGUGGAGAGAAGGGGGAGCGCGGUGUCCCCGGUCGGAAAGGAAUGAAAGGCCAGAAGGGCGAGCCGGGACCCCCAGGCCUGGACCAGCCAUGUCCAGUGGGCCCUGAUGGGCUGCCCGUGCCUGGCUGCUGGCAUAAGUGACCCCAAGCACGCAUCUCACAACCUGUACAGAUCCGUGUGGACAUUUUUAAUUUUUGUAAAAACAAAACAGUAAUAUAUUGAUCUUUUCACGGGAUGCACCACCAUACCUGUGGCCUUUUGACAUUUGAGAGUGUGCCCAGCCCAGCCCCAGAAUGAUCAGCACGUGAAGCUGCCAGGAAAGUGGACAGGCCCAUUGGGGGCAAUGUGUACUUGAGGGGCACCCUCAGGACUUGGCUUUCCCGGGAAGGAGAUGAAGGUGAAAGUGCCUGGCUCAGGAGAGGCUGCAAAGAUG